AUGCAGCUCGAUAAUGAUACUCGGGGGUGGAUUAUGUCCGUUGUGAGCGGUAUUGCUUGUAUAUUAGGAGCCAGUAUUAUCUGCGUAGAUCUGUUGAUACAACACAUACCGAGUAAACGGAAUUUCAGAAUACAGGAAAGUGACGCGUUUAUGGCAUCCUCGUUGAGUUUGAGUUUUGGGGUUAUGAUAUUCUCUGCGCUCUACAGCAUCCUUCCAAAUUCGAAGAAGUACCUAAUAAGCAGUGGCUACACAGCAUCGACUGCCGGUUGGAUACUGUUGGCGGGGUUUGUAGCAGGCUUCUUUGGCAUCCAGAUCAUAUCGCGGUUUUUUCACCGGUUCAUGCCGUCGCAUGUGGUAGACUGCGACCAUACCCACGAAGAAGCAGCCCAUGACCAUCACGGACAUCAUUCGCACCACGCACGAAGCAGAGGACAUUCUCGUGCUAGUCAGCCGAGAGGUCGACAGGUGUCGCAUCCUGAGAAUGGAAAGGCUGGCGAAGCAACCCCACUACUUCGCUCCAAUCUAUCCAGCACCAAUCUCUCACCACACCAAACACAUGUAGAUGGCCCUUCAGACAACCAGAUAAGACGACAAGCUACAUUUCCUGCUUCGAGAAGACCCUCCAUGAUUGAGGUACAGAAACGAGUAAUGUCUUUCGUCAAAGAUACAAAAACAAAUUGUGACUCUGGCGGACCUUGCUUUGGUUACUCCGAUCCAUGCGGUCAAGAAUGUUUCAAGCACCUCAUCUCCAACAGAAGUCCCACUACUACCCGCAAUCCAACCGUUUUGCGUACAGCUACCGGAUCAAUUCAUCCAUCCACACAUUAUGCCCCGCCAGACGGCGAGGAAAUCUCAAGUGGCACUCCACGAACACUGAGCCAGACCCGAGUUACACGAGCACGUUCUUGUGAGACACUUGAAGAAGCUUGUGAGCAGAUGGAAGAGGGCCACGACUCAGAUGUUGACUCAGAAGAUCUCGAAGCGCAACACCACCAUCACGUACCUGAGAAUGCCUUCAUGAGCAUUGGCCUCCAAACAUCCAUCGCUAUUGCAGUUCAUAAACUGCCCGAGGGCUUUAUCACCUACGCGACAAACCAUGCCAACCCGUCUCUUGGGUUCUCUGUCUUCAUGGCGCUAUUCGUUCACAACAUUACUGAAGGCUUCGCUCUAGCAUUGCCGCUCUUUCUGGCCCUCAAGUCUCGCUUCCGCGCUAUGCUCUGGGCUGCUCUCCUAGGUGGAGCUUUACAGCCAGUAGGUGCUGGGAUAGCCGCCGCAUGGUUCAAAGUUGCUGGCCACGAAGGCAACAAGCCAGGAGAGGCUGUAUAUGGCGUCAUGUUUGCCCUUACAGGGGGUGUUAUGACAAGCGUUGCGCUCUCGCUCUUCGUGGAGAGUUUGAGUAUGAACCAUAAUCGCAACUUAUGCAUUGCAUUCGGGUUUAUUGGCAUGGCAAUUAUGGCAACAUCCAAUGCUUUGACAUCAUGA